CCACGCAUCGACUUUGGGGAGUUGGUCCCAGCAGAAGCGCAAAUUGCACGGCGGCGAAAACAAGUCAUCCACGCGUCAGAUUGUGACAAGGCCAUGAAGGAAUUGCAAAUCAUCUGGAACGACCCACCCGCCAACGCGCCAAACAUCGAUGACGAUGGCGAUGCUUUUUGGGGAUCUGUCGUUCUGUGUGAGGCCAUCAUGUGGGACGAUUUCCAAGGAUGGCUCAACUGCAACGAAGGGCGUGUGCGACGGUGGGUCUUUGAGCCUCUUGCAGAUGGAACGGCAACAGGACGAGUGGUCAUUUAUAGCAUCCCGUCCUUCGUUCACGCUGAAACAGCAGGUCGAAUCGCAACCAUCUUCCUCGAGCAAAUUGCAAGGGCUGGCAACGACUUUGGCCUGAUGUAUUCUGUUAAACCUGCAACCGAUCCAACAUGCCGCACUGGAGAUCGUGGUUAAGAACCGGACAGUUCACUUACUCCUGCGGGUCUGGCAGUUGGAGGAGCGGUGCUGGAGGCUGCAGACAACCAUCCCUACCCCAAUGUCAUUGUUGAGAUCACCUACAAGAAUGAAGACCUGGGUCGACUCCGUGCGAAACUUGUGCGUUGGAUGCACAACACUUCAGUCCAGGUUGUGAUUGGAAUUAAAAUCGUUGCUGCCUCAUCCAAUCGAACGGCAAUCUUGUGCCAGCGUGGUCAGCCCAAUCAAGAAGUGGCAUUUGGUCAUCCUCCAUUGCCUCCACUUGCGAUUUCAUUUCCUCUUGCUCUUAUCUACACUGGUGUUGCAAUGCCACCAGCUUUGGCAGCCCUCGUGAAUCCCCAGAUUUCCAUUGACCUGAUUGCCUUGCGGACCUUUUUUGAUGGAAUCCUCUAGUGGAAGAAGCAGCACUCUAGCCAUACUAGUAGCGCAGCUCCUGCGACAGAUUGAUUUAUUGUGACGAUA